UGCCACUCGAUGCUUGACACAUAUCGGUACCCAGGUACGUAUCACCUUCUCUUCAAGGCUAGUAUCAGAACCCUGCCUGCAUCAUGGAUCAUUUGCGGGUAAUUAGUUGGAAAGCUUGAAAACCUGGACUCGUGGGAUCGGCAAGUCCGUCGGUUACUACUCACCUCUCGAUUCACCUCCUCCUCCUCCUCCUUCGGCACGUCAGUCCGUACAACAUGGUUACAGAUGGCGAAGGCGGAGUAAAAGUGAAGUGAAUAGAGUCAUGGUCUCGACUACAAAAAUGGCCUUCUGUGACCCUCCUCCCAGUGUUUCUCUGGAUUUUCCCACCUCCAGGAUCAAACCACUACUUAGAAAACAGCUCAAAGAAUGCCACAAUCGCCAGCAAUGCGAGUUUGGAGCCUUCUUGGUACCUUGCUGCUGUCAACAGCCUCCUAUGGAGCUAUCCUAGCCCGCCAGAACGAUGCGCCCACUGUCAAAAUCAAGAACGGUAGCUACUAUGGUGUCCACAGCCCGAAAUACAGCCAGGACUUCUUCCUCGGGAUGCCCUUUGCUCAACCCCCGGUCGAUGAUCUGCGUUUCAACCUGCCCAUGUCCCUCAAUAGCACUUGGGAAAAUACCAGGAAUGCCACUCGAUAUGGAUAUGAGUGCUAUGGGUAUGGCAGUGACCAAUGGGUUCUGGGCAAUAUCGUUAGCGAAGACUGCCUAACACUUAAUGUCGUUCGACCCAGCGGGCUUGGGCCUGAUGCGAAGUUGCCCGUUGGAGUGUGGAUUCAUGGCGGUGGCUUUUAUCAGGGCGGAAAUAGGGAUCCCCGAUAUAACCUGAGCUCCAUCAUCCAGCAGUCAGUGGACAUGGGCAAGCCAUUCAUUGGAGUGAGCAUCAACUACCGCCUCCAUGCAUUCGGGUAUAUCUUCGGCACCGACGUCCUGAAAGCCGGCGUUACGAAUCUGGGCUUCCGCGACCAACGUCUGGCGUUACACUGGGUCCAGGAGAACAUUGCUGCAUUCGGCGGUAAUCCAGACCAGGUCACGAUUUGGGGAGAAUCAGCUGGUGGGAACUCGGUGGGGACACAUCUUGUCGCAUAUGGCGGACGAGAUGACAAGCUUUUCCGUGCUGGAAUCAUGGAGAGUGGCGCACCGACUCCAUUCAUAACCUACCCCAACGCUUCAACCUGGGACAAGUACUAUAACAACAUCACCGACGCGACGAAUUGCAGCUCCGCGUCCAACACGCUCGCUUGCCUGCGCAAGGUGCCCAUCGAGAGGCUCAGCUCUGUCCUCAACAGCAGUGUGACGGACCAGGUCCCAGGAUGGGGCGCCGUGAUUGACCAUGACUUCAUCACCGAGUCUGCUUCCAAACAACUCCAAGAUGGCAAGUUCGUCAAAGUUCCGAUUCUGCAGGGCACGAAUUUCGACGAGGGGACCGCCUUUGGCGCCAAAGGUAUCAACACGACUCAGCAGUUCCUCGCGUCCGUCAUGUCUCUUGGGCCGAACAUAUCCACGGCUCAGACCAUUGCGGCUCUGUAUCCGGACAUCCCAGCCAUCGGCAUCCCAGCCACGUUGCCUGGUCGACCUACUGGGCCCUUAGCCUCUCUCGGGGUUCAAUACAAGCGUGCAUCCGCGUACGGUGGCGACCUGGCCAUGCAUGCUCCUCGACGACUCGCCUCACAGAGCUGGGCUGCUCAGAAUGUCAGCAGCUGGAGCUACCAUUUCAACGUCGUGCCGAACGGCGUGACACCCGCAACGGGCGCGACACAUUUCCAGGAAGUCGCGUUCGUGUUUGAUAAUAUCCUCGGCCAGGGAUAUAACAAUUCCGUUGCCGUCGAUCCUUUUGCGAACAAGCCGCCCAGGUAUGAUCGGCUGGCAAGUAUCAUGUCCCGCAUGUGGGCGAGUUUUAUUGUUGAUGGUAAUCCGAAUGGAAAUAACAGUAACGUAACGUCCGUUCACUGGCCCGCAUACAGUCUCACGGCGCCGCGGAAUCUCGUCUUCGACACCAACGCCACGAACUUGAUGUAUGUGGAGCAGGACUACUUCCGCGCCGAGGGAAUCCAGUAUAUCUCGGAGCACUUUGUGGACGUAUAUGGACGAUGAUGGCCCCAGCGCCUCCAUGUGGAUUGGGCCCGUGGGUAAACCGAGUGUUGCAGAAAGCCUGGACGAUCGAAUGAAGCCGACUUGAAAACGUGGUCGAAUUGGUAAAUCUGGUGUUGUGUUCUGACUAUGAUUACAUAGCAAUUUUUUGAAAUGCCUUGGAAGAUAUGGGUAGUAUACUAGGAUACGGAGGAGGACCUCUCAAUUUACGAGUUAUGAGCAGCACAAAUGCAUAGCUAGUUAGUAGCACCGUGGCAUAGGGAUUAGCCGUACGAAGAAUGUUGUGG